GCUGGCUAAGCCUUUGUCCAAUAGGAGCCUGGUUGCAGGCAAAGUCAAUGCCGAGUAUCAGAUCGGGUCGUUUCUACUCAGAAUUGGACAUUUUGUUUUACUGUAUUAAGGAUUUCCUACUGUAGGAGCCAGAGUUAAGUUAGUUUAGUUCAGGGUGAGGCCUGGUGGCUGAUGCAAGAUUUGACACUUGUUACAAUGUCAUUUAUUAACAGUUUUGUUCUAUUUUGUCUUUAGAUAAAAGCUACCAUGGACGCUUUGAUAUCUUUGAUGGCUAUGAUAGAUAAAGGAAUUGGCUUUCAUUUGCCUUUCAUUUGACAUGGGCAUAAUUGAAGGCAGUGAAAUGCAGAGUAAUAAAGCUUCUGCCGCAGCAGUGAAGCUGCUCCACUUCUCUGUUUGGUGGCUGCCACUGUUGAAGACUCACAGAUCAGGCAGUUUCACCAUUGACGGUUGUAGUAAACUGUAAAGAGCCUAUGACGAGGACAUAAUCUCUUGUUUUUCGGAUAUUCUCUGCAUCGUUGUGGGCGCCGUGUCACUCGGCAGCAGCCAGAAAAGGUGUCAUUUACCCCCAUGAGUGAAAUGGCUGGGGCUCAUCACAUGCGUCACAAAGUGUUCGCCGGGUUUAUGGAUGCAGCAGGUAUCAGUUUAUCGGCCUUAGUGGAAAAGCGCUUGAUCACUUGUGCUCCAUCGUAUUAGGAAGGGACAGCUGCUCCGGAAAAGGCCUCGGGUCAGCAAAUAGAAAAGCACUUCAGCUGCAAAAACAGGAUAAUAAUUACCAGAAGAGCCAACGUCACAAAAAACUGAAGCUGGCCACACAGUCUACGCUGCAGGAGUCACAUUCAACCACAUAUACCUGAAUUUAGGCAGCGAGCCCCAGUUGUGGCCGGUGGGCAUGGUUUUAGAGGGAAGCUCAGAGGCGCUGUGUCCCACCCCAUCUCUGGAGCUGCGCCCGUCCUGCAACAAGAGCCAGACCUCGCCUCCUCUGAGCACAAGCUCGCAACCCCACGACGGAGUCUUCCCCGAGGACAAGGAGCCCGUCAAGUACGGCGAGCUCAUCGUCUUAGGACACAAUGGGUCGCUGGCCAACGGGGACAAGGGUCGCAGAAGAAGUCGUCUGGCCCUUUACAAGAGACCCAAGGCCAAUGGGGUCAAACCUGAUGUUAUCCACAACGUCUCAACACCUCUGGUGUCAAAGGCACUCAGCAACAAAAGCCAGCACAGCAUCUCCUACACACUGUCACGGAGCCACUCUGUCAUUGUGGAGUACACGCAUGACACCAACACAGACAUGUUCCAGAUUGGCCGGUCCACAGAGAGCAUGAUCGACUUUGUGGUGACGGACACAGCAGGCAGCGGCAGCAGUCAGGGCGGGGGUGCAGCGGGGGAGGGCGGCGGUGGAGGACAGUCGGCGCAGAGCACCAUCUCCCGCUACGCAUGUCGCAUCAUGUGUGAACGCAGCGCUCCCUACACGGCCCGCAUCUACGCCGCCGGCUUCGACUCCUCCAAGAACAUCUUCCUGGGGGAGCGGGCUGCCAAAUGGAGGACGUCGGACGGCUUGAUGGACGGACUGACCACUAACGGCGUGCUGGUGAUGCACCCGGCGGGGGAGUUUGUGUCUGAGCCGGCACCGGGCGUCUGGAGGGAAAUCUCGGUAUGCGGCAACGUUUUUGCCCUGAGGGAAACGCGCUCAGCCCAGCAGAGAGGCAAGCUGGUUGAAAAUGAGUCCAAUACCCUACAGGACGGUUCUCUGAUUGAUCUGUGUGGGGCGACCCUGCUGUGGAGAACCCCUGCCGGACUGCGCCACACCCCCACCCUCAAACAGCUGGAGUCCCUGCGCCAGGAGCUGAACGCCGCCCGACCACAAUGUCCAGUGGGCUUCAACACUCUGGCCUUCCCGAGCCUGGCCCAGCGUGAGAUCGUAGACAAGAAGCAGCCAUGGGUCUACGUCAACUGUGGCCACGUGCACGGUUACCAUAACUGGGGCUACCGCAAGGAGAAGGGUCCCGCCGGCCCCGGGGGCACAGCACCGGCUGGCACCGGGGAGAGAGAGUGUCCAAUGUGCCGGCGAGUGGGCCCCUAUGUGCCACUGUGGCUGGGCUGUGAGGGAGGAUUGUACCUGGACGCCGGGCCGCCCACUCACGCUUUCUGCCCCUGUGGUCAUGUUUGCUCAGAAAAGACAGUGGUGGGGUGGAGCCAGAUCCCGUUACCACAUGGCACCCAUGCCUUUCACGCUGCCUGCCCCUUCUGUGGUACCUGGUUGACAGGAGAGCAGGGCCACAUCAAACUCAUCUUCCAAGGCCCCGUCGACUGAAGCCCAGAGUGCUGUACUACGAAGCGAGCUUAAUGACUUAGCGAGGUAUGUUGAGUCUAAAGCCAGAGUUUUCCGUAUUACGAAGGUAGCUCUCUUUUAACCUGGCAACUUGCAAACUUUUGCAGAGUUCCAGUUUGAAAUCGGCUACAAAAAGGUGCGACACUUUCACUUAUCAGCCUCCUUGGACAUCGUUUCAAACAUUCUUGUGAGAUCCAAUGGAUUUAGGAGCUAGGAAAAAACAUACGAGAUGCAAAAAUAUGCGUUUAUCGCGACCUUGGUCGCACUUCUUCCUCUCAGAUUCAGCUCACUGACGCAGAUCAUUGUCAUCUCCUCUUCCAUGUGCCUUAGUGUAACGUUAAUGAGUGACAGAAUCACUACAUCAAAAAUAAAAUGAUUAAUUGUCUGCCUCCCAUUGCACUAACUCGACCUGUUGCUCUUUAAAACGGAUGGAUCUACCUGUUCCUUCUGAAAGAGCCGACGCAUUGAACCAUCUUUAAUUUAAUGCUGCAGCAUUUAUUUGUAUUGCAGCAGUACAUCAUGUGAGACUGUGCGCUCCUGUCUCAUCAACUUCUGUUUAACUACAAAACAGUUUUCAAUAAGUGGCAGUUGUUUCGAACCUUUCUCAUUUUUACUGCUCGGAUGUAAGAGGGACGUAGAUCGUUAAAGUCUGUAAUGUUGAUUAUUCACUGAUUCACUCAUCUGUCAAAAUGAAUUUGACUUGAAAUAUUUUUCAACAGCAAAAUAUGACGUAUGUGAUUAAUUUACUACUGUUCUUACGCUACACUGUUAAAGACCUGAAGUAGGAAAUCAGUCCAUUUGUUUGUGAAAAUAGAGCUCCGGAAGCUGACAUCACGCAAUCCCAUGAUGCAACACUCAGAAUCAAAACAUCGCCAUUUUGGCAGGAAGCGACGCUGUUCACGUUCACAGACAUACAACGUACUGUUGAUAAUUGGCAGCAAAUAAAGUAGGCAUCUCAUUUCUUCUCCAGAGUUUUUCAUAGGAAAUGAAGAUGGUGGACAGAUGUUUCAAGCCGGGAUGACAAAACAAUCGGGGACAGGUGGAAGAACAUUUUACCGUAUAAACAAAGGGACAUUCAAAGCGAGUGUAGAAGACAGAGUGAUUAAAACCAAGAAAAGGCAACGCAUUCUGCUUAUAAAGUGAUCACUUCAUACCAGUUACUGGUCGCGAAUCGUGACACUGACGUUAGCAUCCAGAUUCGCAGUUUGUUGUUAAUUUUCCCUUAAGUUUCCUCUUAAGCUGCAAAUCUGGAUACCAACUUCAGCGUCAUUACAAACUCCAAGGCUAAUUAACUUAAACACGUGAUUGUUUAACAUGCUUUUACUGCGACAUGUACGUGUUCUGUGGAGUAGAAUGAAGGCAAGUUAAAGAUGUCGUAACGCUGCAGAUCUAGAAUAAUGUCCGCUCCGGCUCUGACCCUCUUCCUGCCAACAUGACGGUGUGAGCAAACUGAGUCGCGCUUGGUCCGGAGCUCUAUAGAGUCAAAAGCCCCCUUUGAGCACAGAGCCUGGAGAAACAAAAAAAAUCCUGGAUUGACAAAGCAAGUUGAAAACCACUGUUGGGAUGCUAGUUAUCCCCGGCUGAGGCUUCAGGAUUUGUCGAGCCAGCUCACUCAAAGAAAGCCCGGCUCUUGUGAGCAGGCUUCGUAGUACAGCCCUCUGAGCAGGACAGACGUAAGAUGUUGGACUGGACAGGAGUGAGACAGAACAAAGACUGAACGCACAUCUGAACAUUCAAAGGAUGAGAUGAAGACGAGUACAGUGAAAGGACUGUUGAUAUUUUGAACUGACAGCAGAUGCCAAGGCUUCACGUGGACUAUGAGAUGUAAAUAAACUGUGUUGAAAUG